CUAGCUGGGCUGUAUCCUUAGUGGAUAAAGAGAUCAUGUCUCGAUAUAACGGUUCAGCUGGGUCCACUUACUCAUCGUACAGAAGCCCUUAUCUAGAUUCAUACACUUCAAGCUACAGUAGUCCCAACUACAGUCUGCCCAGUUAUGAGUCUAAAUUUGAAUCUUUAAUCUCUAGAACAGAUGGAAAACCUAGGAGUAGAGCAGGAACAUCUACAAGAUAUGAUUACCUGGCCUCCUCCUCCAAUAAAUAUGAUUAUCCCUCAACCAUCUCCUCCCACUCCUCCUACUCCUCUAACUCCUACUCCACCCCAUCCUACUCCUCCUCCUCCUCAUAUGCAUCCAAACCAUCAUAUUCAUCCACUAUUGCCGAUGCCGACGAUUUGACGAAGAGUUAUUUUGCUAAAUAUUACAACAAAGCCGUCCCUGAUGCUUUAAGCAAACAAGAAGAGUCCAGUUAUCCUCGCGCUUCUCGGGCUCUAUCGGUUUACCUGGAUGAUACGUCGUCUUCCUACUCCCCUGCACUUGAUGUUAAACCGAGGACGUUCAGGUCUACAUCUGUACUAGGAGAUAUUACAGAAAGUUCUAAGCGAUUAUCUCGUCUUCUCUCAACUGAUGACGACGAAGGGUUGAGUAAGCUAACAAGAAGAAAUAGUGUUGCAGCUCCGAGAUCUAGGUUUCUUGACAGGGAUAAAGAUGAAGAUACAGGAUAUACAAGAUCAAGUGCAUACUCAAGAUAUACCGUGGACAGGGAGAAAGACCAAGAUAAUGUAACUUCAAAAUAUAAUGGAUAUUCACGUUUUGUUGACAAUGAAACUGAGGAAUCCAGCCCAGUUCGUAGCAGUUACAGAAGGUAUAGCACUGUUCUUGAUGAUAGCACACCAACUUAUAAACGAGAUUAUACAAGAGCGUAUGGAGGACGUACUGAUGAAUCCAACAGUUCAGAUUCAUAUAAACAAAAUCAGAACGGGGAAAAUAGUUGUGAAAAGACCGGGGGUUCUGGGGCUACUGGAGGACUUAAAAACCUAGGAAAUACUUGCUUCAUGAACUCUGUUAUACAGUGUUUAAGCAACACUAAGCUUCUGUGUGAUUUUCUACUGUCUGAUGAAUAUUCUAAUGAUAUUAAUAGUAAUUCUUCUAUGAAGGGUUCAUUAAUUAAAGCUUUUGCCACGGUUGUGAAGAGUUUAUGGAAACCUAAUGCUCGUACUGUAGAUCCGUCAACUUUAAAAGGUGCUGUACAGAGGUUUGCUCCGAGGUUCUCGGGGUACAACCAGGAGGAUAGUCAGGAGUUCUUGAGAUAUUUACUGGAAGGAUUACACGAAGACGUAAACAGGGUGACUGUAAAACCUCAAUCUAUUCAUACCGAAAUAGAUUCUAAUCUUAGUGUUGAGGAGCAGGGAAUGGAGGCUUGGAAAAGAUAUUUGAGACGAGACGAUAGCAAACUAGUCGAUAUAUUUGUCGGACAGUUAAAGUCCACGCUCCGCUGCAGUUCAUGUGAUUACGAAAGUGUGACCUUUGAACCUUUUUGGGACCUUUCUCUACCUAUACCUUCCAGAUCUGGUGAAAUAAGUUUGCAUGAAUGCUUGGAGAACUUCACUAAAGAAGAAGUGAUGGAUGGAGAUGAAAUGCCGACCUGUGGUCGGUGUAAAACAAGAAGAAGAUGCACUAAAUUCUAUUCUUUAUAUAAACUUCCUAAAGUUCUAGUGGUUCAUCUUAAACGGUUCUCUCCUACAGAAAAGUACAGAUCUAAAUUAAGUAAUUCUGUAACUUUCCCUUUAACAUCAUUCGACGUUUCCAAGUUCAGUGAUUGUCCUGGUAGAUCUACUUAUUCAUGCUAUGCAGUCUCUAACCAUUCAGGAACCCUUUACAGUGGUCACUAUACAGCCUACGCUAGAAAUCCUAAAACCAGUCAAUGGCAUUAUUUCAAUGAUUCCAGGGUGUCUUCCAGUUCUAGCGGGAGUGUAAUAUCAAACGAAGCAUAUCUUUUAUUUUUCGAACUACUUUCAUAAGUUUUCCGUACACCUCAUCUUCUGCCACCUUACCUCAUAUGAUCUUCUGACCUAUUGACCUUAUGAGUUCCUAUAACCUCUGACCUUCAGAUCAACUGAACUGAUCUACUGACGUCCUCUGUCAUCCUGGCCAUCUAUCCUUCUGUCCUCUUGACUCACAAGAUAUGACCUCUUGACCUCCUGUCCAUCUCAUCUUCAUAACCAUUACCUAACAAAUUCCAAAUCUCAUAAACAUUCUAAACUCCUGACUUUUCAAUUUAACCUCCUUGACCCCUUAACCACCUUUACCUCUUGACCUCCUAGAUCUUUUGGCCUCAAUGACCUCUUUGACCUCCCUAUAUCCCCGUCAUCUUUUUAUAAAUUCAUCCAUUCAAGUUUUAUUUUGAACCUCGAUGAACAACCAUUUUACUUUUUUAAACUCCAUUU